CGAGACCCGCCUCCUUGAAGCAGAAAGGUCUACGGCUCGCUGCUGGUACUGUACAGCGAUAGGUCUUCUUAACAACAGACUGGAUACUAACAUCAGGAUAUACGAAACGCAGGAAGGACGGAAAGCUAACUGCCCCGGUCAUUUACUACUAUUCGAAUAAAAUAAAACGGGGCAAUCUGCUCAGCACUUAAGAAGAGUUUCAUGACAGCGGAGGCGUUAAACGUUGGCAUGUAAAUAUUGACCCGCCUGUGUGUUAUACUGGUAAAUCGAAUCCCUGCAUCUUUCUUCCUGUAGUGAAUGUGUCGCCACACGAUGUAUAGUAUUGCCCAUAUGAUUGAAGACACUUCACUUAAGUCAUCUGAGGGACACAAAAGGAGUUCUUAGGAUGAUGCCAAUCCACACUUUGAGCACAAGGGACAGCAAGCAAAGCCAAAGACUAGAUGGAAGUUCAUUGACCUGGAACAUGUCUGUACUCUAACUGGGCACCUUUAACCAAUGUCAUCUGCAAAGACGCCACAGUGGAAUACCUUGUCUACCUGGGAUAUGUGUACAAAUCAUUUCAUGACAUUCUGCACUUGACAGCUUGCUUCGUCCUUUCUGGUUAAUCCUGUUGCUCUGUGACUUCUGGUCUUGAUCCCUGCCCCUUGGGCUAACCUUGAAAGGGAGAUGGAGAAAACCACCGAGAUCAUUAAUGUCUCCUUCCUUCUUAAAGAUGAGAGAGAGUCGAUUCUUAGUGUUCUUCAAAAGGACGAAAAGCUAAGGAAACGCGAGGAGAAACGGAUAAGGAAGCUAAAGAACGAGCUGCUGGAAAUUCGCAGGAAGGGCUCCCGGAAACACCAGGAUCAGAGCGACCGGGUCUGUGUCCGCUGUCAGAGGGCCCUGGGCCUGAUCUUCCACCGAGGGGAGCUGUGCGAGGAAUGCAAGGAGCGGGUGUGCAAUGAGUGCCGUGUAGUACAGUCGGACAACAGCUGGAAGUGCAUCGUCUGUGCCAAGAUCUCGCAUCUGAAAGUUGUGACUGGGGAGUGGUUCUUCGAAGAGCGAUCAAAACGAUUCUCACAGGGAAACGUCCUGGGCUGUGACUUAAUUAAACAGUCCAUCUUGCACUCCCCCUCAGGAGACAAUAAAACUGACCAAACACUGCAAGAAAGACCUGAUACGCCCAUGUCAGGCCGGAGUGCCACCAGAAAUGUAUUAGAUGCACCAAAAAAGAAAGGACUCAGGCUGGAGAAGCGAGGUAACAGGCCGCUGCUCAAAGCUGAGAAUGGUGUGGAUUUCCGGGCUGAAGACUCCCGGAGCAUAGGCUCAGCCUCGGACCUGGACGCACACAGCGUUCGCAGUGGCCGUUCUACACCUCGAUCCAACAGGGGGAGUACUCUUGCUCUGGAGUCAUCUGGGGUGCCGACACUUCCCAACAAUCUCCGCUCUCACACCUCGGGAAGAUCCCCCACACCCAGCAAGCGCAGCGCAGUAUCAGGAAACAGCAGGAGGGUGGAUGGUGCAGAGAGCAUAGCAGGCACGUACGAUGACAUGGCACAUCGGAACUACAGGAAAAUGUCCGGGACUCCAUCGAUUGCUGUAUCCAGAGUUUCUCUCUCCUCAGAUCGAAGCCGGUCAGAGGUGGACCUCAGCGGCUCCUGUGCCGAGUUGAACGAGGAGACCCUGAGCCUGCGGUGUCAGUCUGUGCCUGGGGAGCUGAACGAUGAGAACUAUUCGGAUGAAGAAAGAGAGGAAGACAUUGAUGAACUGAUGUCGGCACAUAAUUUUGCUACUCAGAAAACUGUAACAAGCGCAUUAUCUGUGCCUGGCUCAGAGAGAAAGUGGAACUAUCUUAAUGUCCCUGACUCUGACGCAGAAACUAGCAGCCUGAACAGCAUGAUGAGUGUGUACAGCGAGACAGGAGACUAUGGCAACGCAAGUAUCAGCGGAGAGAUCCUGCUCAACAUCACCUACAGCUACAAGACAGGUGCCCUCAACAUCUUGGUCAAAGAGUGUCGCAACCUGGCCAUCGGGGAUGAGAAGAAACAGCGAACUGACCCCUAUGUGAAGACAUACCUCCUGCCAGACAGGUCUCGUCAGAGCAAGAGGAAAACAAGCAUCAAAUCCAACACCACUAACCCAGUCUACAAUGAGACCCUGAAGUAUGUAAUAAGCCACUCUCAGCUGGAGACCAGGACCCUACAGCUGUCUGUGUGGCACAAUGACAGGUUUGGACACAACAGCUUCCUGGGAGAGGUGGAAGUCCCCUUCGAUUCGUGGGAGUUUGAGAACCAAACAGAGGAAUGGUUCUCCCUGCAGCCCAAGGUGGAUCUUUGUAUGGAUGCAGCCCUCCAGUACAAAGGAGAGCUGACUGUAGUUCUGCGAUACAUCCCACCAGAGAAAAACCUCACAUUACCUCUGGAGCCAUUUCAAGCUAAGAAGAGUUUUAUGAAAGGAAAGAAAACUAAUGCCCAGCUGCCAAAAGGUGGAGUAGUGGAGUUAGUUGUUAAAGAAGCCAAAAACCUGACUGCAGUGAAGUCUGGAGGAACAUCAGACACUUUUGUCAAAGGAUACCUGCUUCCAGACAACAGCAAAGCCUCAAAGCACAAAACCCCAGUUGUGAAGAAGAGCGUGAACCCGCAGUGGAACCACACGUUUACCUACAGCGGCCUGAAGCCCAGUGACCUUCACAACGUCUGUCUGGAGCUCACCGUGUGGGACAAGGAGUCGUUGUCCAGCAACAUCUUUCUGGGAGGGGUCCGGCUGAGCAUAGGCAGUGGUCUGAGCUAUGGGAAUGAAGUGGACUGGAUGGAUUCUCAGGGAGAGGAGCAAAGUGUUUGGCAGCGAAUGAUUGACAAUCCCGAACUCCCUCAGGAGUGCACACUGAUGCUGAGGUCAAGCAUGGGAAAAAGGAAGACUUGAGGAAACCAGAUUUACUCCUCUUUCAAAUCCCCUUUUCCCUCACAGAUUUUUUUUUUGUACAACUCAUUCAAACAGCAUUGACGUACACGGUUCAGGAAAACAGUACUGUGUAAUGCCUUAUAAAUGCACACAACCCCCCCCUCCCCCAAAUAAAAAAUCUCCUUUACAUUCAAAAUUAAAAGCACAGCUGCAACAUACACAUUAACAUGAAUAUGAAUCGAUCACUUCUGUACUGAGAUGCAACUUCCUUAAUUGAACUGUGAUUAAAAAAAAAUUACACUA